AUGAAACCCUCUGCUAUCGAGCUGAAGGCCAAUUUAAUCACUAAAAAAAUUGACAAUCUUAACAUCAAAGGUGCACUUAGAUUGGUUUCUACUCAAGACUCCCUCGCCGAACCUUCAAUCGACACAUACUUGAAGCUCUGCAAAAAACACCCUUCUACAACUAUAACCCCUAUAUCUCUACAGCCUCACUCUACAUGCGCAUCACAAUUUACCACUGAUGAAGUGAGGAAAGCUAUCCUUUCCUUUCAUCGAGAUUCAGCACAUGGCCUUGAUGGAAUUUGUCCUAUAUUUCUCCAGGACAUUACUUCUCCCUCACAAACUUCCAUUCUAUCUAAAAUUACAAACUUUUGCAACAAAAUCUUAAAAGGUGAUGUGUCAACCUUUGUUUCUAUUCUUUUCGGUGCCAGGUUAAUAGCCCUUCAAAAACCCAAUAAUGAUUUAAGACCGAUUGCAAUUGGCUCUACCUUUCGUCGUUUAGUAGCUAAAAUGAUUUCCUCUCGAAUAAAACAUGAAGCUUCAAAUAUACUAAGUCCUUUCCAUGAAGCUGUUGUUCAUCUAACGAGAAUACACUUAGAAACCCAGCCAACCAACGAAUCUUUAGUCAAAAUCGACUUCAACAAUGCUUAUAACACUCUUUCUCGGAAUUCCUUUCUGAGCUCAUCGAGUAUUCUCUUUCCUGGUUACACUAAAUUCUUUUAUUCAUGCUAUCAACAACCUUCCACUCUCCAAUUUGAUACCUAUAAAAUUCCUUCGAUUGAGGGCAUACAACAGGGAGAUCCUCUAGGUUCUUUAUUUUUCUGUUUAGGGAUCAAUGAAAUUGUUAAAUCUAUUAACGAGGCAUGUUCAUUAUCAUUGCAUGCAUGGUACAUCGAUGAUGGAAUCCUUUGUGGUCCAAACGACGAAAUCAAUGAAGCUGUAAUGAUAAUCAAGGAUGCAGGGCUAUCCAUUGGUCUAUCAAUCAACCAUGAAAAGUCAGAAUUCAUUCCAAUUAAUUCAUCUGAAAACAAUUUUCAUAAUUUCAAACAGAUUACUCUGGAGGAAUUAUCUCACUUAGGUGCUCCCGUUGGUAGACACACAGCCAUAUCAUCCUUCCUACAAUUUACACUCGAAACCCUUAAUGAGUUGGUUGACCUAUUUUCCCUUCUCCCCUCUCAUAAAGCCUUUUUUCUCCUGAAAAUUUUUAAAUUUUCCACUUCCUUAGGCAUUUAUGAAAAUGGGAUUCAAGUCCUAAUUGAAAGUAUCCAACAUCUAAAAUUCAAUGAAUUAGCGUGGACACAAGCCACCCUUCCUACCAAGAUGGGAGGAAUAGGCAUCAGAUCCCCUUCCGAUCUUGCCUUAAUUGCCUUUAUAUUGAGCUGUCUUUUAACCAAAAAUUUAGUCAAUCCUAAUUCCUUAAAUUCUGACCCUUCCUUUGAUAGUGCCAUCAUUGAAUGGAAAUCUCGAUUCAUUGCCGACCACCCAAUUCCAGAAACGAACAAGCAGAGGGACUGGGAUAAGCCCAUUAUUGCAAGCUGCGUCGAAUCUCUCCUUUCCAGUAUGCAAUCAUUGGACCGUCCCUUAUUCUCCUCUCUGCUUAAUGGUUCUGGACAUGAGUUUCUCGAAGCCAUUCCAUCCGCGAACUUACAAUUACAAUUGACCCAAAAUGAGCUAACUCAUGCAAUAGAAAUCCGUUUAAAUUGCUUAGUAUCCCAACCCCACAUCUGUGCCGGCUGCAGUUCUGCUGUUUUGAGUAAUGGAAGGCAUAGUCUACAUUAUCGUUCAUGUAAAGGCCGCAUCUUUAGACAUAACAUUUGCAAUUCCAUAAUUCUUAGAGCUCUGAGAUCCGCUCAAAUUCCUUCUAUUCUCGAACCCUCUGGUCUUUUCAGAUCUGAUGGGAAAUGCCCUGACUGGAUCUCUCAAAUUCCCUGGAAGCGAGGUCAAUUCUUGGUCUGUUUUACUCUUGUAUUGAUCCAUUGGCUCCUUCCAAUCAAUCCCUUAACAUUCUGGAGAACAAGGAGCUUCUAA